GUGCUGUGGGUGCUGGAGGGGCUGCUGUACUACUUGGCGGAGGAGGACGUGCGCGCGGUGCUGCAGGAAGCCGCUUCGGUUUCGGCGCCUGGGAGCAUCCUAGCAGCGUCAGUGAUCAAGGCUCCCCUGCGUGAGGCUGCGGCGGCGGCUACGGCUGCUUCUGCUGCACCUGGCGCCACAGCCACAGCAAUGGUGCGGACAAGCCAUGCGGCCGGGGUGAAGGAGGCCCCACCGCAGGUGCCAGCCUCCACCUCAGGGCCCGCAGCUGACAAAGAUGCAGGUGCUGCCUCGGCGGCGAACAGCAACGGGGAAGACAAGGGUGCCAGCCGCAGCUCGGCAUACAACCUGUCGAAGGAGUUCAAGUGGUUGUGUCGUGGAGAGAUUCCGCAGUUUUUCGAGGAGUGCGGCUGGCGGUGCCUGGCGUGCGUGUCUUGGGUGGAAGCGGCGGAGUCGUACGGACUCCCGACCGGGGAGACUGCACCCUCGAGAGUCUACUUUGUCACAGCGCAGCUUGCAUAGAGCCUGUUAGAUCUGGUCGCAAGUAUGAUGUCGAGGGCAGCACCCAGGCUACGCGUAUUCCGGGCGUGUGUACGCGGGGAAAGUGCAAGCCCUAUCUCAUAGUCAGGGUUUGUUGGGCUUCCUGUCCCUCCUCUGUAACAGUCCACAUCGGAAAAAAAGGCCCGUCGGUGUAUGUGUGUCCGGGUGUGUGCACUAUCCAAGAAAGGCUUGCAGGAAGAACAAGAACACCUGCACCAAGAGGCACCAGAUGGCCAGUAUUGGCAGCCAGCUUUGUCGAGCUUUGUGUUAUGCCUGUGCAUGGUCAGACGUACGGUGUAAGCCGUGAAGCUACAUCCCACUGUCGUGGACCGCCAGGCCAGCUAUGUACUAGUAUAACAAUUCAAGGCAUUCUGUCGAAAUAAUCAACCCAGCUAUACGCCUAUUACAAAAUGCAGUCAGCGCCUUCGCUGCUUUCUCGCUUUGGCCUGCUACGGCCCGCAAUGUCUCGCUCGCUUAGCACCGCGUAUGACGUUGGCAGUUCAACAAAUAUUAAAUGGCACGAGGGUGCAGUUCCAACUGAGACCAAGGAGGCGACGAUGAAGCAGCGCGGUUGCGUAGUUUGGUUCACUGGCCUCAGCGGCUCUGGCAAGAGCACGGUCGCCUGCACGCUGGAGCACGCGUUGGCUGAUUCUGGCAAGGUCACUGCUUUGCUGGACGGUGAUAACGUUCGCCACGGUUUGAACUCGAACCUUGGCUUCACAGCUGCCGAUCGCGAGGAGAACAUCCGGCGAAUUGGAGAGGUCUCCAAGCUGUUUGCUGAUACUGGAAUUAUCACGCUUGUGAGCUUCAUUUCGCCUUACCGCCGGGACCGUGACCGCGUGCGCGAGCGCGUUGGCCAGGGCCGGUUCAUUGAGGUGUUCAUGAAGGUGCCCAUCAGCAUCUGCGAGGAGCGUGAUCCGAAGGGGCUCUACAAGAAGGCGCGUGCGGGCAAGCUGAAGGGCUUCACCGGAAUUGACGACCCCUACGAGGAGCCAACCAACGCUGAGGUGGUGCUUGAGGCGGAGACGCCCGAGGGCAAGCGCAUCUCACCCGAGGAGCAGGCGGGUAAGCUGCUCGACUACCUCCGCAGCAAGGGCUUCCUGGCGGGUCCGAGCAAGUGAGGUUCGACCCUGCGUUGGAUGGAUGGGCAGGCAUGACAUCCUGUGCAGGAUGUAGGUGUGAUGGUUUUGCGGUAUGCAUGAUGCAUUUAGAGGUGAACUGACAUGACGAGAUGUGCAUCUAAACGACAGAAUGGAUGGACAGAAUGAACCAACUCUGUGGCUUUGACUAUGCAUGGCGUGAUUACAGACCGUGCCAGCUGGCAUGUACGCAAGGCGCGUCUAGGUGUUACUUAUUAGGCAGCAAGCUUUAGGGCGUGUACCGCUUGGUGACUAGCAAUGGGGACAGCCCAUCGGCGCUGCUGUGAACUCUCUCGUCGUGCUCACCCUCUAGUCCCGAGGCAUGACAACAGUAGGGGUAUGGAGCAUGACGGUAUUUAUCGCCACAAUAAGUAAAGAUGGUAGUGUGCCUUGGUCACUAUGUACCGGAAAGAUACGUGUUAGCAAGGUUCGGCUGGGAUGUGCGUGAACCUCGGUUCUUGGUGGCUACCUGUUUUGUGAUGACGUUAGGACCUUGUGCGACACGUGCAAGCUGCUGAAGCGUGUGCAGACUAUACUUGAUAGACGCUCAAUUUACAGGUAUGGCGAUAGGGAUGGGGCACGUUGGUAACGCCGUCGCGUUCUGUCCAACCCAACGUCCCAUCCAACGUUACGGCUACUUUGACAUGGCCGAGUUGUAACACCAAUGGAUAUGAUACUAAUAUGUAAGCUGUCUUGUGGUCAA